AAAAAAAUCAGAAUACUUACCAUGUAAAAGACCAUCUAGAAAAAUUAUACCUGUCUUUGUCUCUUUUGACCUUUAUUUUAUCAUAUUAUUUUCACGUAUAUAUAUAACUAACACACGCAAACCCCAUAGCCAUAAUAAUCAUGAAUGACUUUUUCUAAAUAAUAAUCAAAAUGGACAAAUCUGAAAAAAUAGCAUACGUUUCUGUUCUGUCUCUCCUCUCCCUCUCUCUCCUCCUCCUCAUCAUAUUCCUCUUCUUACUAUGCAGAAAGAAACCGAUCCGGACCUCCUCCGAAUCACUCCUUCCCGAAACCAAACCGGCCGGUCUAUCCUACCCCUUAACCGAAAUAGAUUCAGCAACCGACGGUUUCAACCCGCGACGAAUCAUCGGGAGCGGUCGGUUAGGUACGGUUUACGCUGCGGUUAUCCCAACUCACAAAAGCCUCGUCGCGGUCAAAAGAAUCCAUCCCGGUUUAGUUUUAAGUAAACCGGGUUCCGGUUUCUCGACGGUUAUGAAAACUCUCUCUUCCUCUCUCCACCCCAACGUCGUCUCGAUCAUCGGCUUCUCCGAAGCCCCCGGCGAGAGAAUCGUCGUCACCGAGUUCAUCGGAGAAGCAAAAAGCUUAACCGAUCAGUUACACGGAGAUUCAAAUCUCGAAUUUGAUUGGCGGAGACGUUUUAAAGUCGCGGCGGGAGCCGCGAGAGGUUUGGAGUAUCUACACGACGUCGUAAACCCUAGAAUCGUCCACGGACGAGUGACGUCAUCGAAUAUACUCUUGGAUGAUGCCUUCAUGGCGAAGGUAUCUGAUUACGGAUUCGCGUUUUUGAUCCCGCGCGAGGACUCGGAGAUUUCUCAAGAGGGAUACUGUAGAGAGAGCGAUGUGUAUGGAUUCGGCGUCGUUUUGCUCGAGAUUUUGAGCGGGAGGAGGAGUGAAAACGGUUUGAUCGUGAAGUGGGCGAUGCCGUUGAUUAAGGAGAAGAGAUUCGGUGAGCUUUUGGAUCCGAGAGUGGUGGUUGGGGGUGAGGUCAAGUGUUUGGUGAUUAGGUUAGCGAAGGUUGCUUUGGCUUGCGUCGGGAAUUCGAGGAGGAGCCGGCCGACGGUUUCUCAGGUGGCGGCGAUUUUGAAUUGUUUGGAGAGGGAAUGUGGGGUUGUUUGAGUAUUCGAAAAGUUUUUGGGGGGUUUUUUACGAAGAAGAUUAAAAAGUUCUGUAAAUGAUUAUAUAUCACGCGGUGUACAUUAACGUAUAAAUUAGGUGUUUUAAUAGGUUUUUAUAUGAUUUAAUUCAUCGAUAUUGAUGAUUUUAUUCGGAUUAAUCUAUUUUAUGAUUCUUAUAUUCUGGUGUUAUUUGUAUUAGAAUAUAUUUGCGUGCUUUGUUCGAAACGAUAAUAGAUUACGAGGAUUUAU